AUGUUUGAUACACCAGCAGCCGCCUUUUAUCACGGACCGAGUCAAAAAAAUGUGAAAUCAUUAUUUAGCAGUAUCAAUAUGCCAUCAACGCUUCCAACACAAUUUCUUCCUUCUUCUUUGACGAACCUUUCGUUUAGCGGAUAUUUUCAACAACCCUCUCAACAAGAAGCAAAAAUCUCUUCUAUUGAACCUUCCUCAAUCGUUGCUUCAGCACCAACCGCACCACAACAACCCACUCAUAACAAACGUACCCAACGACGAGUUCCUAAACAACAAAAUUCAUCUUCCAUUGUUGCCACCGCUCCUCAACGAUUGGUGGUUGCAAACAAUAACAUGGGUAACGUAAGCUCUGUAACCGCGCAAUCUUCUAGCUCAUCAUCUACACCUAACGCUGCACCUUCCUCUCAUCACCAACAUCACGCCCCUUCCCACGUAACAAGUCGAAGGAAGAAACAUUCAAACAAAAUCAAUAGAAAGAAAGUUGAUGAUGCCAUUACUUUAUCAGCUUUUGCCGUUGAAGAGGACAAUCAAGGGAAUCAUGAUGUCGCAAUGGAAUUUUAUUUGACAGCGAUCGAAAACAUGUUGGAAGCCUUACCUAUUCAUGCCAAUCAAUCUCGAAGGGACGCGUUAAAGAAUAAAUUAAGAGAUUUUAUGGAUCGGUCGGGACUCACCGAUGACUUCAUGGAGUCGACCAAUGCUUUUUCGGCCGCAAAAACCGUCGAAUGUGAAGAACCUCAAUCAAGUAAUGGAGCAAACAUAUCGCAACAUAUCAUACAAGCCGCAAUCACUUCGGCUGUCGCAUUAAAACAAUCACCAAUUCCCGAUGCAAUAACAGCCACAAUGAAUUACACCAUGAAGAAGAUCCAGAAAAUUGACGAAACUUAUGGACUUCAAGAUAAAGCUUGGGAGAUAUCAAGGACCGGAAUCAACUUGGCGUUGGAGAUUGAUCAACAAUAUAACGUCCAUGAGAAAGUGGGAAAUGCGUUCUUCGUCGGUUUAGCGGCUGCGAUGAAAGCAACAAUCGCUUACAAAGAUUCUCCUUCAUAUCGCGAAUUACGAAGAAUUAAAGAUGAAUUUCAAAAUGCGACCUCCAGCAGCUUCAAUUGCAAAGAAGAAACAGCCAUUAUGAGUAAUAUGCCUGUUCACCGCGGAAUACCUCCUUAA